AUUUUGAGUAUGGGAGUUGUGAACAUGAUCACAUUUGGUUGGAUGCUUUUCAAAUUGAAUUUUCAGACAGCCCCUUCAUUAUCGAUCGAAUCCGAACGGUUUCUAUUCGGCUUCUCUCCGAUCACCAUCUCCUAGCCUGGUAAAUCUGGCAAUGAACCGGUAGUAAGACAAUCUUUUGCGGGUUGCUUCUGGUUUGGAUAAAUUAUCACUUCGUGUCGAAGGAAGAAGUGACCGAAGAGGGACCAAGAGAGCCCCCAAAGACGAUGAGAGGCUACGUGAUCGCCGGGUUCCUCAUCUUGCUGCCCAUUGUGCUCGACGUAGUCAACGAGUUCCAGAGAGACUUGGGCGGAUGCGAUUGCCGUUUCCGGCGCUUUGAGUAUUGCUGGGGCUUUGAGUUCCUUUGCCUGGUAACUGGUAAACCUGGUUUCGCGAGGAAACGAGUGGUAAGGGAAGCAAAUAGGGUAAAUGUUGAAGUGAAGCAGGACAGGGGAGUGUGGCUAUGGUUUGGGGAGACCGCAGUGCCGUCGUCGUCUUGCUCAUUUUUCAUUAUAAAUGACGAGGACUCUUCAAGCACGACAACUACGCCGACAAAUAUUUCACCCGGCCGGACGUCCAGAGGGAUCAUCACAAAUUUCGAUAAGGGUCAGCUUCUGGGCCGUGGGUCAUUUGGAUCGGUCUACGAAGGAAUAGCUGAUGAUGGAUUCUUUAUUGCUAUAAAGGAAGUCUCAUUACUCGAUCAAGGAGAUAGAGGAAGGCAAAUUAUCUUGUAUUUGGAGCAGGAGAUUGCUCUUCUAAGUCAGUUUGAACAUGAGAACAUAGUCCGUUUUCUCGGCACAGCAAAGGAUGAUUCCAAUCUCUAUAUUUUUCUCGAGCUCAUGACAAAAGGCUCCCUUGCUAAUCUCUAUCAAACAUAUCAUUUCAGAGAUUCUCAAGUUUCUUCGUACACAAGACAGAUCUUAAAUGGUCUAAAGUAUCUUCAUGAUCGCAAUGUGGUCCACAGGGAUAUCAAAUGUGCAAACAUUUUGGUACAUGCAAAUGGAACUGUGAAACUUGCAGAUUUUGGAUUAGCUAAGGCAACCACAUUAAAUGAUGUCAAAUCUUGCAAGGGCACGGCAUUCUGGAUGGCACCGGAGGUGGUAAAUGCCAAAGACCGUGGCUAUGGGCUUGCAGCUGAUAUAUGGAGCCUUGGGUGCACUGUCUUGGAGAUGCUGACCAGUCGGGUCCCAUAUUUUCCUUUGGAAUGGGCAGAUGCAAGCAUUGUUUCGGAUCGGAAGGGGCGAGCCACCACCAGUACCAGAUUCUUUAUCGAUAGAUGCAAGGGAUUUUAUCUUGCAAUGUAUACGAGUUGAACCUGAAGACCGGCCCACCGCCGCUCAGCUCUUAGAUCAUCCAUUUGUGAAGGGACCAGUUGCCACAUUGUUGGGCUCGGUGUCUCCUUGUCGCCAUCUCAGUGGAUGACUGACCGCUAAAACCACACCGAAUUCAUCUUGCUUGUUCAUAGCUGUCAACUUCUCACAGUCUUGCGGCAGAUCUGGCUGUGGAGCUGAGACUUAUAGAAAGCAUGCAUUUGGUCCCCAUAAUCAGGUUAAGAAAAUUAAGCCUUGUAAAGAUGAUUCAGUUUGAUGCCUAGGGUAAAACUGAAGAUCGCAAGGGGAGACAGAUGGAUAUAUAUCUUUGAGGAUGGUCCCCAUAAUCAGGUUAAGAAAAUUAGUUUGUUCUAACUAAUUACUAGUAUUCGGAUGGUAUAUUUUUAGAUACAACUCUCAGAAAUUACUGCUUGACAAAUCUUAUGAGCCAUGCUGUUCUGCUGUA